AUGGAAGAAAGUAUUUGGAGAGUCAUUGUCCUAUGCCAGUUUCCUGCUUUGCUGUUGUUAGUCAUUCUUUACUCCAUCAUCUUUAUCAAGCUCAAGACACAGGCACACCCAGGUGAACAGUCGACCAACAAUCAGCAACAUCGGAAAAGAAGAAACAGAAGCGUUUUUCAUAUGUCCAUUGCUAUCGUAACAGUGUUUUUGCUUUGCUGGUUGCCUUUCAGUACGAACCAUUUAAUCAUAGCGUAUCAGGACAGUUCUGCCCAUUUCUCGUGUAGUUUCUCGAUAUAUUUUUAUGUAACCUACUUUUUGAUUCACGCUUACUGUGCAAUCAACCCGAUUAUCUGCUUUAUGUUUAGUAGUAAUUAUCGGCAAGGUAUAAAAAGACUCAUAAAAUGUUCUUUUGUACGGGCGUAA